AUGGAGGAGACGCUGGGCCUGCGGACGCCUGCAAGGCUACCUCGAUGUCUUGAUGGAUUGAAGGCUGGCUCCUCUACUAUUAUUGAUCAAGUGCUACUCCGGUAUCUGUACAGAGUGCAGAGUGUAGUAUCAGCACAACCGACCCAAUGUGCUUAUGAUUUGCUUGGUACAGGUAAUGAUUUGGCAGAGAUACAAUCAGCCAAAGAAGCUCUGCACAAAAACUUUAAGCUAAAAGCUCUUGGAGAACUAAGAUACUUUCUGGGUAUUGAGUUUGCUAGAUCAAGUGAUGGCAUCAUAAUGUCACAAAGAAAGUACACCUUGGAGAUGAUAUCUAAAGCAGGCCUUUCAGGUUCAAGGCCUAAAGAAACUCUAAUGGAACAACAUCUAAAGCUAACUAGUGCAGAAUUUGAUGAGCUAAUAAAGACAGAAAGUUUUGAUGAGUGUUUUAGUCAGUUCGUGCAUGCACCAAAAAGGUCACAUUAUGAAGCAGCUCUACAUGUAGUGAGGUAUGUCAAGAAUCAACCUGGACUUGGACUCUUAAUGUCAAGAAUUGGUGUAGAAGAAAUUGUGGCAUACUGUGAUUCAGGUUGGGCUUCAUGCCCCAUGUCUAGGAAAUUAGUUACUGGUUUCUAUAUCAAACUAGGAGAAUCACUUAUCUCCUGGAAAGAAAAGAAGUAUAGCACUAUAUCUAGAAGUUUAGCAGAAGCUAAAUAUAGAAGUAUGGCACAUACAGUAGCAAAAUUGAUGUGGUUGAAAGGACUAUUGAUAGAGUUGUAG